CCGAGUAUUUAGCCCAUUUUUACUGACACAAAAGUUGGGAUUUGGUAGUAGCGGAGAUGGGAGUUGUAGAGAGAAGAAGGUGGUCGUGGUAGAGGCCAAGUCGCGCUCGACCCUUUCUGACCAAAUUGGGAAAGCCAACAGCCCAGCGCUUUCGACGACAAUUCUCGCAGGAACGAAACUAAUCGGCGAAUUGUCGAGCAAGGAGGACUUGAGCCACCUGUUGCUCGCCGACUACUCCACUCGCAAAUCUCUAAAAACCGAUUCUAACUGGAGAAUGGCGAACUUGUCCACAGCACAAAUCUCGGUCGUCCAUUCGAAACGGGGCUGUCCGGCCACUGCACCAAACGCCUAUCCGUGGUUGACUGCGCAAUUCUCAUCGACCAUCUCGCGCGAUUCCAGCAAAUUCACGAUGGCAUCGUCCUCUGGCGAGACCGUCGACUAUGGCAUGAAGAUUUGGGCGGACGGAACGAGUGGCGGUAAUGGCCAUCCGGAGAUUGAUAUCGUCGCAGUACAAGGACUAGGCGCCGAUCCGUACUGGACCUGGGUAUCCAAAGGCAAUUCCCAACGACCGAUCUGGCUUCGCGACUUUCUACCUCUGGAUAUUCCAAAUGCCAGGAUCUCUUCGUGGGGUUAUAACUCGAAAUUUAAGCACGACGCACCGGUGACAGGAUUGGACGUGUGUGGCUCAGACCUACUAGUGGCGCUUUCGCAUCACCGAAAAGGAGAUACGCACAGAGUGUACCCAGAUAUAUCUGACCAUUUAAAGGCACUUGUACUAGCUCAUAAUCGAUCCGAAGAUGCAGACUUUGAAAGGAUACUCGGGUCAACCGUCGGGAUGAUUUUCUUGGGAACUCCACACAGAGGGGCACACUCCGCACAACUGGGAAGUAUUCUCGUUCAAGCAGCCACUCUACUAGGAGCAAGCUGUAAGAAAGAGCUUCUGAAGACUCUGGUAUAUGAGUCGAAAGAGGUCUUAAAACUCGACGAACAGUUCGCAUGGGUGUCGUCUUCCAAAGAGCUCGUGGUCACCCAACCUUCAGCGUCAAUCCAUAGACAAGGUGCCCGGAAUAUCUCGUUGGAUUGUAAUCACUCUCAGAUGAACAAGUUUGGGUCCAAAGAUGAUUCUAACUAUGUCAAAGUGGCUGGAGAACUACAACGGAUGGUAGAGCAAGCAUUGAACGAACAAAAACCUACUGUAGACGAAGAAAAGAUAUUGAAGAAUAUAAAGCCGAAGGAUCUGGAGGACAGCUGUCCACAUGAGCCCUGUCUGGAUGGAACACGCCAAGAUAUCUUUGGACAUAUCAACAAAUGGGUGACUGACAUGGAUGCCCCAAAUAUUCUUUGGAUAAAAGGAUAUCCUGGGGUGGGUAAAUCUGCAAUUGCAUCAACUAUGGUCUCCCAUCUACGUGAUUCUGGACGACUUGGGUCAAGCUUCUUCUUCCAAAGAGAAAGGUCCACCACUAUGAACACCCGAGUGUUAUGGCAGAAGGUUGCUUUUGAUCUUGCACUCCGCUUUCACUCUGUGAGAGCAAUCCUAGUGUCCAAGCUACAGAAAGAUGGUGAUAAA